CACCUUUCUUUUCGUCUCAAUGCAUCCUUUAAUUAUAGUAUGUAUGCCUCCAUCUCCAUUUCAAAUCCCUAAAUCUCCACGCAUCACCCUAUCUAUAGUAUUCCCGUCUCUCUGUCAACGGCUCCACAUUCUGGAAAUCAAAACCCACCGCAUCCAUGGCUAACAACCACCAGCUCCUCUAAACCUUUGUUCAUUCAUCUCCCGGAGAAAAGAUCCCAAGUAGCUACGAAAGCUUCUCUCUCUAGAACCAACGAGGCUUCUUUAUCCGCCAUCAUCUCCAUGCUCGAGCGUGAACGGCAAGGAUUAACCGACAGCAGCGGAGAACAGUGGCAUACGGCGGAAGAUUUCUGCCGGCGCGAUAAGAAAACCGAGGAAGAGAGGAGGCUUAGAGACACGUGGCGUAAGAUUCAAGGAGAAGAUGAUUGGGCCGGGUUAACGGACCCGAUGGACCCGGUUCUCAGAUCGGAGCUGACCCAUUACGGCGAAAUGGCUCAGGCCUGUUACGACACCUUCGACUUCGAUCCUUCCUCGAGAUACUGCGGCAACCCAUGUCGAGUGUUGGCCUCUAAAUGUAUAACGUCUCCAUUUAGAUCCGACGUGGGUUGUUGGUUCGAUGAGGCUCUUAGAACUCAAGCAGUGCUAUUGGAGGCAGGCUUUCUGAAUAUCUUUGGUAUUGUAAGCUCCAGAGCGGUGUCUGUAUGGACCGGGUGAAUUAGAGACUGAAGUCUCAGGAAGUAGCUCUCGCUUUGUGGUUGGCUUCUUAUGUACCGAGCUUCUGUUGUUUCUGUGUUCCCCUGUGAGAAGGGCUGUUGUGUUGAUGAACUCUGGAGGUUGGAUAAUGCGCUGAGAUCAAGGUCUGGAAAAACUGAGCAACGGCACCGAGUCCAUUUCACGUUCAAACGCAGCCACUGGUCUAUGCACUCCACAUGGAAAUUAUGGGCGCAAGAUUAAGCAUUCACCGCAAUC